AUGGGCAACUUCAGGAUCAAUGGCUCUGAUAGUCCCAGCUUUGUACUGACCGGGUUCCCAGGGAUGGAGUUCCUGGAACCCUGGUUAUCUCUCCCUCUUCUUCUCUUCUAUGCCAUCUCCAUCGUGGGCAACGGCCUGAUCCUGCUUAUUGUCAAGGAGGAGCAAAGCCUGCACCAGCCCAUGUACUACUUCUUGUCCCUGCUCUCAGUCAAUGACUUGGGUGUGUCCCUCUCCACGUUGCCGACUGUCCUGGCUGCCCUGUGCUUCCGUGCUCGAGUGAUCUCCUUUAAUGCCUGCUUGGCUCAAAUGUUUUUCAUUCACCUCUUCUCUUGGACAGAAUCUGGCAUUCUUUUGGCCAUGAGCUUCGAUCGCUAUGUGGCCAUCUGUAACCCUCUGCGCUAUGCUACAGUGCUCACCAACGUCCGCGUUGUAGCCAUGGGCUUGAGUACUGUGCUCCGCAGUUUCGCUCUCAUUGUGGUCUUCCCACUGCUGUUGCACAAACUGCCAUUCUGCCACCCACAAAACAUUCUGUCGCAUGCCUACUGCCUUCACGUGGAUAUGAUUAAAUUGGCAUGUACUGAUGUUUCCCUCAACAGCCACUAUGGGCUAUCUGUUGUUUUGUUCACCUUUGGCCUGGACUCUGCCCUGAUUCUCAUUUCCUAUGUCCUCAUCCUGCGGUCAGUGUUAGCCAUUGCUUCUCGAGAAGAACGCCUCAAGACACUCAACACAUGUGUGUCACACAUAUCGGCUGUGCUUAUCUUCUAUGUGCCCAUGGUCAGCGUUUCCAUUGUACACCGCUUUGGAGCUGGCCUGCCCCAUGCUGUUCAUAUCCUCAUGUCCAUUCUCUAUCUCUUUGUGCCUCCCAUGCUCAAUCCCAUCAUCUACUCCAUUAAGACAAAGGAGAUCCGGCGCAGACUUCUCAAGAUGCUCUUCAGAGUCAAGUUCUGA